AUGGAAGUCUCCAUUCCACCCGCGCUAGAAUCAAGUUCCGCGACGACUAUCGACAGCCAAAAUGCGAAAGAAAUGGACACAAGCAGUGAUCCGGAAGAAGUGAAUGUUGACAUGAACUCCCCGAAGCAAGAACCCGUCGAUGCAGAGGCUUUUCAAAUGGAGAGAACAGCCACUUCCUCGCCCAUCACAAGUUCGGCGCCGUCGCUUUCGGCGACUUCAUCGCCAAUGUCAUCUCAUGGCAACUUCCAGCCGCAGAGAAAUGUCCCUUCAGGAAGUUAUCAACAGCAAGCAGUGAGUGAACUGUUGAACGCGAAAGAAAGAAGACGACAUUUUCUCAACUCGAGUAUGACACCAACUUUCAACACGAUCCGCGAAACAUGCGAGCUCAAGCGUCAGACAUCUGAUCCGAUCAAGUUCUCGCCGCUGGAUCCGCACUUGAGCAGAUUGAGCGAUCGUCUUCCAAAGCAGCACUCUGAUCCGCACCCGAUCGACACCCGCGCGACGAUGCAGUCUCAUCUCUUACAAAGACUUCUUCAGCGUGAUUCCGACGGAGAAGAAUUCUUCAAAGUCACAUGUGGGAUCAUUGAAGCAAAAUUGAUCUGGAAGCUAUUCCGCUGCCCCGGAAUCAGCCAAAAAUGCAUCCGAAUGUCAAACGGGGAAAUGAUCACCCCAAAGGAUCUGGUAAAGAGCGCGGGGAAACAGACGCUCAAAGACUGGAAACGGGCGAUCCGAAUAAAUAACACCAUGCUAAGAAAGCACAUGAGUGAGGAAGGCGGUGGCUUAGACUACUAUCUCCACGACCAGCACUGCUCGAAUACUUGCAAAUCGUCGAAAACAAUGUCCGAUAUUUCAAUGGGCAACUCUGUCGGUUCGAAUCCAUCGAUGGGCUCUUCAUCAACUUCCACAUCUUUUGAUGAUCCAACUGUUCGGCCUCUCUCCCUCGCAAAUCAGCAGAGCUUCAAAAGAGGCUCGUUCGAGCGCUCAUCGUCAGAGGACUCGGGAGAUCUUCUAUCGCAUACGGAUGAUGAUCAGGCCAGUGAAGCCAGUUGUCAGACAUUUUGGCAAGGACUUAACUCGCAAGCAGAUGUAUCUGGUGAUAUCUUCGGUGCAGUGAUGCACAAGAUACAAGAGAUACAGCUUCGAAUGAGGAGUAAUCCGACCCCUUCUCCAUCUGACGCCGUUGCGAUGACAAAAAUCCUCGACAACCUAGGAAUGAUGUCAUCCGUUCAAGAGCGCCUUCGAGGUGUAUCUCAGCAGCUUGCGGAUCAAGAUAAUCAUGUGAAGCAAAGCUCUAAAGAUCUUCAAAUGAAACUGGAACAGCAGAAGCGUCAAGAAUUGGACAUCAAGACAAAGAAACGCGCUAUUGAAGAAGCCCUCAAUGCUGCACCAAUAACGAAAAAACCAAAAACCCGCCCGCUGGUCCGCCAGCUGCCGCGACAAAAGGCUAUUGAUGCUAGUCGCAACGCGUACUCGCCGCAACGUCUCCAGCCUUACUCGCAUAUAAUGCCCCUCGGACCGGAGUAUUCACGCAUAGAUCCCCGCCUAUCCGGCUGGCACCCUCACCUAUUCGUCUCUCUUCCAUAUACGACACCGAGUUCACGGUUUCCACCAGAGUCGGCGCCUCCUCUCGCUCUCAGCUCAUCCCAGAGUCCCAUUCCUCCUCCGAUCGAGGAAGUUCUUCCUAACCGAUUCGACGAAAAGUGCACGAUCCGAUCUUCCCCCGACCAUACGAUACGUUCCAUUUCGCCUGCCGCUGAGCGACAGUAG